UCGUGAUCACAGCACAGGCGCAGUGUCGUGGUGGGCCAUCAGCCGAGAAACAUCAAUGGAUAGUCAUAGCAUAAGAUGGCAGACUGCGAGUCGGAAGUGCAGCAGCCUCGAACGCCAGUGACCAACUUUGACGGAAUGAAUACAACGUCAGUGACGAUGGUCAAUAAUGGCCGUGUGCCUCAUCAGCACUCUACAGUAAACACCUCGGACCCAAUUGGACAGGGACCAAGGUGCGUCACAAUUUACAAGACUGAAACCGGGUUUGGGUUCAACGUACGCGGCCAGGUCAGCGAGGGUGGACAACUCAGGAGCAUCAACGGGGAACUUUAUGCACCACUUCAACAUGUCAGUGCUGUUUUGGCCCAAGGUGCUGCUGAAAAGGCCGGUGUUCGUAAGGGCGAUCGCAUUCUCGAAGUGAACAAUGUUAACGUUGAGGGUGCAACUCACAAGCAGGUAGUAGACCUGAUAAAGUCUGGAGGCGACGUUUUGACCUUAACUGUGAUCUCAGUAACACCACAGGAAGCAGAGAGAUUGGAACCAUGCGAGGAUAUAAGUUAUGCUUCGGUUGACUACAGUGAGAAAAGAUCUUUACCAAUUAGUGUACCGGAUUACCAUGUUCGCGAAAGAAAACAUGAGCGGUAUGUCGUUUUUAAUGUUCACAUGGCAGGACGUCAUUUGUGCUCUCGUCGUUAUCGGGAAUUUGCCGCACUCCAUAUGGCCUUGAAGAAGGAAUUUAUUGGGUUCAACUUCCCAAAAUUACCCGGAAAAUGGCCUUUUCAAUUAAGCGAACAACAAUUAGAUGCAAGAAGACGAGGAUUGGAACAGUAUUUAGAAAAAGUUUGUGCAGUUAGGGUCAUUGCUGAAAGUGAUGCAAUGCAGGAAUUUCUUACGGAUAGAUUAGAAGAGGAUGGCGAUCAAGGACCGGCAGUGGAUUUAAAAAUUUUACUUCCUGAUCGUGAAGUUGUCACCGUUACUGUUGCUAAAGCUUCACCUGUAAAAGAUGUUUACGAUGCUGUUUGUUGCCGAGUUGGAUUAGACGCAGAGACUGCAAAAUACUUUUAUCUUUUCGAAAUCGUUGAAUAUAAUUUCGAGAGAAAAUUACAACCACAUGAACAUCCACACACUUUGUAUAUUCAAAAUUAUUCAACGGCAAGUGCAACUUGUCUAUGUAUAAGAAGAUGGCUCUUCAAUAUUUCGAGACCCCUCAGCGAACAAGCUUUGACGUGGAUAUUUUGGCAAACUGUCGACGAAGUUAAUAGGGGACAUAUUUCUGCAGGCGAGAGACUCUAUCAACUUAAAGCUUUGCAAGAUGCUUCUAGAAAACAUGAGUAUCUGAAAUUAGCUCGUGAAUUAAGUGGCUAUGGUGAUAUCGUUUUUCCUCAUUGUGCUUGUGAUUCGAGAAAAGAGGGUCACGUAGUUGCGGCAGUUGGAACUGCGUCAUUUAAAUUGCACGCAGCAAAAGAAGACGGCACCUUAGAAUCGCAAGUGGUCGAAUUUCAAUGGAAUACCAUUACUCGAUGGGAAACCGAUGAGGAGGGAAUGGCUUUUUGCUUCCAAUAUACAAGGUCCGAUAAUCGUCCACCUCGUUGGCUCAAAGUCUUCACACCCUAUUUUACGUUCCUGGCAGAUUGUUUUGAUCGAAUAUCUGAGGAGGGAAAAUGGGAUGAUUCGGGCGAAUGACGAAAUGCAAAAAAAUAAGUAUAUGUUUCUUAAUAUUUCUUUAUUUGCAAAUUCCUCAUAUGUGUGCAUUGUGUUUGCAUACAAUUAUACCGAUACUCUUCAAUAUAUACAGUAUAAUUUUACAUUUAUUAUCGACUCAAAGAUCUGAGGCAAGAAUAUAAUUGUUAGAAAAAUUAUAAAUAGCAGUUAUAAUAUUAUAGAAACUUUUAUCAAUAUUGAGAUUAAAGUUUUCAUGAAUUUUCAAAUUAUAAACCAGUUGAACAUCGCAAAAAAUAUUAUUUUAAUAUGAAUGCGUUAGUUAAAUUUUUCGUUAUAGAUGCACUUUAUUUUAAUAUAUAAUUAUUAUUAUUAUUAUUAUUAUUAUUAUAAAUAUGCAAAGCAGUCUUUCGUUCCCGAAAAAAUAAUAAUUAUUAUAAUGGGAAAACAAUUUAAAGUAUUCUAUACGUAAAAGAAAAAAAAGGCACAAUAAAUACAUAGUCGCCUAUUAUAAUCAUAAUUCACUUGGCCUACUAAAAAAAAAAAAACCGUAAAUUAAUUUCUUCUUUCUUAAAGCAAUAAGAAAAUGAAGGUAUUUCCUUGUUAGCAUUUUUUCACAUAUAUUUUUUAGAAACGAUAAAAAGAAUUACCUAUUAUUAUUUACAUAGGUGAGCCAUGAAUCAUUCUGCUAUCCAACUUAAAUAUUUAUUAUCUUUUGUUUUCAAUUUAUAUUUAAUAAUUUAUUUUAAUUUCAUUUGUUAACCUUUGUCAUUUUCUUACUAAUUUUGUAACUCAUCAUAGAUGAAUUUUUUUUUUCAAGUAGUGUACAAAUUAAUUUAUAUACAAUAUUGUUACUUAACGAUUUUUCCGUAUGUAUACAUAUAUAUUUAUAUGUAAAAAUUGAAUCAAAUCUAAAGGAGAUAAUUUAAAAUAAAAUAAAUAAUUUUAUAAUUGUGCCAUAUAAGACUGUUAAUAUUUAUCAACGAAAUAUUACAAUUUCUUUUUAAAUAACAUUCUGUCAAUAUUACUAAAAAGUGAAACUAAAAAUAAAAUUUUUUCCUUUUUGGUUAAUAAGUGCCAUGAUCAAAAAAUUUCUUUUAACUCAAUUAUUUUUUAAAACUUAAAAUACAAAGUCAGUUUUAUUAAAUUUUGUAAAAAAAACAGUUCGGACAGCAGAAUGAUAAAAAUUUGGUAUUAGUAUUUUAUUAUACUGUUUAUUAUAUAUUUCACAAAUAUAUAAAUACACAGUACUAGCAAAAAAAAAAAAAAAAAAAUUGCCUGCUCAUAAUUAUUACGAUAAUUACUUAGGUCCUCUUAAUUAAAAAGAAGAUAUAUUGUCCAAAUUUUUUUUUAAAUUAUAAAUUAUUUUGAAAUAUUAAAUUGAUUUUAUUUAUAUUAAUUGACUGAAAAUUAUUUAAAAUUUAUAUAAUUUUAUUAAAUAAAUCGAUUAUUAAAAUCGUUAAAUAAAACUCUUAUUUACUAAAUUCUUAUAUAUAUAUAUAUAUAUAUAUAUAUAUAUAUAUAUAUAAAGAGAUUUGAGAAAAAGAAGUUAUAUGAAAAAAUAAAUUUUAUUGAAUUUAUUUAAAAAAAAAAAAAAAAAUGGGAAAAUAUUCUCAAUUUGAAAAUAAUGCUAUUUGUAUCUUAUUUGUGGUAGGAAGACUUAAAUAAUAGUAAUAAAAAAAUUAUAUAUAUCUAUAUUCUAAAAAAAAAAGAAAUAAUAAUUUUGUUUGUGUACAAAAUUAUUUUCAUUGAGAAGAGAAUUAAUACUCACUUUAUUAUGUAAAAAUAAUAAGACAGGUACUGAUAAUAAUGAAUCUUUACCGUAAAAGUAUACAAUCGCAAAAUAGCGAUUUGCAUUAGGUAGAACUUAGAAGAUUCUAGGACGAGUGUUAUUUUAAGACAAGUUUAUAUUAUUUCAUUCACUUUAACUUUUCAUGAAAAAGAAUCAAUUUAUAGAGUACAAUAAAUGUUUUUGUUUUUAAAUUUUUAAAUAAACAUUUUCCAAUUAUCUGUUUUUUUUUUAUAAUCUCAUCCAUUGUACUUUUGGAAAGAUAUAAUCAAUAUAGGGAAAGUCAUUUAUUUGUAAGAAAUUAAACACACGUAACCUUUUUUUUUUAAGCAAUUUUAUCAAAUAUUUUUUUAUUCUCACUUGGUUACGUUACAUUAUUUCAAUUUUAUCUUUCACAAAAUAUGAAAACGAGAAAAAUGAUUGUUAACAGUACACGAAUUUAAUAAAUUGUAUGGUAAAAUUUUAAUAUGGAACUUCGCAAAACAUUGAAAUGAUCAAUGACAAAUUACUUUGUCUUCUGAAAAUAUAUUUAAAUUAUUUUAUCAACAUUCCCGAUUAAUUGUUAAUGAAGAUAGAAUUUAUUUUUGAUGUUUAUUGUACGUUAAAAAUAGAAGUAAAUUUCUAACUUUUUUGAAGUUUUAACAAAAAAAAAAAAAUUAUGAAAAGUAUAUUUAUAAGUGUUCGUCAGUGUUUAUUUGAAACAGGGAAAAAAUAAAUAAAUUCCAUUUAAGAAAGUGGAAAAAAAAAAUAAAGCGGAAACAAUAAUUACAAAAUAUAAUACCGCGAUAUUUAUAUAACAAUCGAGAAUUUACAAUCAUUAAAAUAUUUCAUUAUUAUAAUUUUAGGAAAUAUUUGUUGACUUUCUUAGUUACAUUAUCUUCAGAUAUUUUAAAAAACGUUUUAUAAUUUUUAUUUUUGAUUAAUAUAUCUAUUUAUUAAUUUUUUUUUUCUCAUAAAACGAUUAUUUCAAAUUAUUAAUAUUAACAAUCAUUUUCAAAAAAUAAUGAUUAAUAUAAAUAAUGGAAGAAAAAAAAUAAAUUAUUUAUUAAAAGUUCUAAGAGAACUAGUUUGUUGAAUGUUACUUGUUUUCUGAAAAUUUUGAAACUAAUAAAGUCACUGAAAAAUUUAUUCAUUGAAACAAAAAGAAAAAAUUAUUAUAGAAAUUACACUUGAAAUGUUUUAAUGUUAAUUUACGUGAAUAAUACUAUGUAAUUGUAUGGAUCUUUGAAUCCGGAGAAAUUGAUAAUGUAAAUAGUCAGAUAAAUAUGAAUUUAUUGCAUAAUAAAUAAUUAUAUAUAAAGAGUUUAGGUAGUGAUAUAAAAAAUAAUUUUUCGUGUUAUGUGUAAACGUCUUUACUGGAAUUAUUUUUGUUUCGAAAGAAAAUUGUAAAUAUGAAAAAGUGAUAAUAAAAAAAAAAACCCGUAUUCAUUGCGAACAAUAUCGAUAUUGAAAAAAAAAAUUGUAUUAUACAAAUGAAACACUGAAUUUUUUCUCAUUCCAGUGAAAUUGCAAUUUAACUCAUUCUUGUAUAAGAUUUUCAAAAAUCAAGCAGUACAAAAAAGAAAAAAUUAAACGAAAAGUGUUUUCAUUUUUUCAAUGAUAAUAUUAAAAUAUUAAAAAUCCAUAGAUAAAAGUAAUGAGCGAUGAUUUUCAAACGAAUUUUUCGCUGAAAAUGUUAAUUAUAUAUUUAUUGAAACAUAUCGAAUUUUUCUUCAUUAUAAAUCGUCGCUCCUGUAAUUGUUAAUAAAAAAUUUAUAUAAGAUAUUUUAGAAAUGUGCUAAUAUUAAUUUAUUAAUAUUUAAUUGGAAAAAUAAAAUACGUUUCAAAUUUUGAAAAAUUUGAAUUUUAACAAAUUGACGAACAAAAAUAUACGAUUUCGAUAUAUAAAAUUAAAUUUAAAUUCAAUAUAUUAGCACAUAUCUAGUAUUUAAGGCAAUAAUUAUAAUAAUUUUUAUUAGACAUUUUCGAAUCAAUAUAAUAUUGAAAUAAACUGUUAAAUGUUAUUAUUGUUUUAAAAAACAAAUUUGUCGAAAUUAAAAAAUUCUCAAUACCAAAUUUUUAUUGGACGAUUUUUUUUUUUUUAAAGUCUAUUACUUUUAUUUUCUAUAAAGUUUUGAAAAACUACACUUACACUGAACAAAAAAAAAAUUUAUUUAUAUUAAAUAAUUAUUAUUUGAGUCAAAUUUAUGGUAUUUGUUUCAAAUACACAAAUAUUUGGAUCAAGUAUACAGUUUAUUUAAUUUAAUUAUUUGGUUCAAGUAAAUAUUUAUUUGAUAAUAGUUAAGUGACCGAUUUAUUAAAAAGAGACACGAUUCAAAUAAUUUUGUUCACUGAAUAUAAUAGAUUUUUAUUACUGGAUUUAAAUAGUAAUUAAAGAUAAUAUUAAUUAAUGAUAAGUGCAAUCUAAAAUUAAUAUAAUUGAUCCACUUUAUUUGAUGAGAGACAAUGAGAAUAAGAGUAAUUAUAUGUAUAAGAAUAUUUGAUUUUUCCGACAAUUUAUUGUUUUGAAAUAUCAAGAAUCUGUCCGUAUUUUUUUUUUCUUUUAGAUUAUUAUUUUUUCUGUGAUUUAUCUCGUUCUGGAAGUAGGACCUGAUAAUUCGAUUAUUUAGUCGUCAAUCGGUCAUAAUUAACUUUUAAGGACGAGUAGCUUGUAAUUUAAUUAUCGUUGUAUCAAGAUCAUAUCAUUACAGUUAAAUAUUUAGGCGUUAAAUAGUAAUUAAUUAACAUUCAAUUAUAUAUAUAUAAAUAUUUAGACGUAGAUUACCAAUUUCAAGUUGUCAAUCAAUUUAUUAAUUAAAAAAAUAGUUUUUUUUUUUUUGCUGAACAGAUAUAUAUUAUAUAUAUAUAUUAUAAACUUUCAUCUAAGAAAAUUGUUCGUGUCCUUAUCGAUUGAUUGUUUUAGCGAACAAAGUGAGAAAUUAAAAGUAAACAAAUCCAAAAA